GUAGUACGUAUCUGACCAUCCAAUGGUAUUCAAUCUAUUAACGUCCUGAACAGUUGUAUUGACCAAGAAAAUCUCGGCAAUAAACACGACCAAAUCAAGCAGAUGGGUGCUUUAUACGGAAGUGCUACUGUGGUGAUUAUUGGUAUCAGCUCUCGGAUGAGGCUAGAUCAAGUCACAGCACGGGCCAAUAAAACCACCCUAAUCGCACUACCAUCAAAUACACAAUCAUCUUCCAGCAGUCUACAUGGAACUCUCGGGGCUGGACCUACCAGGAAGGACUGCUUGCUCGGCGCAAACUCAUAUUUACCGAUUCCCAAGUUUUCGAAUGCAAAGGCUAGUGCGUAGCGAGGCAGUUGAAACACCGUUAGAAGGAUUCCGCAUGGUGACCUAUCUCUCGGCAGAGACUUGGAUCAGAAAUUGCCAGCUCUUGCCCGGCACUCUGGGUCCCGGUCCUCUCGAUGUGAUGGAUAGGAUCUCUGAGUACACUGCUAGGAGACUGGCAUUCGAUUCGGAUACUCUUGACGCCGUAUCCAGCGUCCUCAAUGCUUGUUCUGAGGCGAACCUCAUCUUUGAGCAUGGGUGGGGUGUGCCGAUAAUGCAUUUCAAACUAUUUACUUCCAAAGGUGCCUGGAUCCGUAAUUAUAGGGCUGUCUACUUGCGAAAGGUCGCCAGAGCCAGAGUCACAGUCACGGUACCUCGAUGGUUUUGUGGCCGGGCUCUUGUGGUCUCACUAUGAUCAUGCGAGGCGGCGACCAGAUUUCCCGAGUUGGUCUUGGGCAGGGUAGAACGGCCGCGUGCGGAGGCUCACAGACUGUAAAUUCAGAGCUGCGGCACUAGGAGGCGUGGAACUCUUUGGUGGCUUUGCAGACGGAAUUCUCUGCAAAAUUAAACACGAAUCGGCAGAUGCUACGGAAGGCACCAGCGCGAAAUUGACCGACUUCUGUGUCGAUU